UUCUUCCCGCCUGCAUGGUCAGCUCCUGCAAUGACUACAGGUUUACUGUGUCCUGAAAUCAUUCAAAGAUUGACAUCAUGGAGGAGAAGCUGCUGGUUUGUGCUGUUGUUCUCCUGGUUUUAACUACAGGAAGCAAGGCACAGUCAGAUGUUUGUGGCAUUGCACCGCUCAACACCAGGAUCGUAGGAGGCGUAAAUGCUCCACCAGGGUCGUGGCCCUGGCAGGUCAGUCUACACAACAGCAACGGACAUUUCUGUGGAGGCUCCCUGAUCAACAGCCAGUGGGUCCUGUGUGCUGCUCACUGCUUCUCCAGCACCAGCACGUCAGGUUUAACCGUUUAUCUCGGACGUGACAACCAACAACUCCUAAAUCUUAACGAGGUGUCCCGGUCGCUGUCUCAGGUCAUCGUACAUCCAGGCUAUGACCCUAACACACACAACAAUGACAUCGCCUUGUUGCGUCUGUCCUCUCCUGUUGCCUUCACCGACUACAUCAGUCCGGUGUGUCUGGCGGCGGCCGGCAGCACGGUCCCGGCUGGGACGACCUGCUGGGUCACCGGAUGGGGAACCAUCCGAAGUGGUGGCACUACUCUUCUGUUCCCUCAGACGCUGCAGGAGGUCAGCGUUCCCCUUGUGUCCAUCACGCAGUGUAACGCUGCUUACGGAAUAAUCACAAGCAACAUGAUCUGUGCCGGUCUACCCGCGGGAGGGAAGGACUCCUGCCAGGGGGACUCUGGCGGCCCGUUGGUGACUAAAAGCGGCUCUACGUGGGUCCAGGUCGGAGUGGUGAGUUUUGGAAAAGGCUGUGCUCUGCCCGGCUACCCAGGAGUCUACACCCGAGUGUCCCAGUACACCUCCUGGAUCAACAACCAGAUCAACGGGACAACAUCUGGAACCGCUCAUCUGGUUUCCCUCUCAGCUCCUCUGCUGCUGUCCUUCCCUAUUCUCUUCUCUCUCUUUGUGCUUUCAUAGGAACGUCUAAUGGUGACAAACGCACCAGUACAGAGUCAGUCUUACGAGCCAUUGAGAUUCUCCGCAAAACAAGAAAAACAACCAAGACACUUCAUGUGUCUGCUGAUGAUUUUCUCUAUUAAUUGAUGAAUUGUUUUGUCUUUAAAAUGACAGAAAGUAGAGGAAAAAAAGUCCUAAGAAAGUCAUUUAUCAUAAACUAAGCAUCUCUUUUCUUUCUUCUGCUACAACUUGUUUGAAGUUUUGGCACAAAGACACGUUAUAACCUCUGUAUUACGGGAAGAUGUCUUGUUGUGUUUUUGGUUGGGGCUGCAACUGACGAUUAUUUUCAUUACCAA